ACUCAAGCACACGCACACAUUUAUACACACCCUCCACCCCCAUCGCUGCAGUGUCUCAACUGCCUUGGAGCAAACAAGAGAGGAUAUAGCACACAGACGUUAAUAAGACAGAGAAAGAGUACCGUUGAAAGACAGAGAGAGAGAUGUACAAGUGUGUGUGAGGGAGCCUGUGAAUAUGAGGAUGACGUGAAGAUGAAGCGGCAGGACUAAAUUGCACAGCCUUUCUCUCCCUGCAAGGGCUUGUCUGCAGUAUCCUUUGUAAAUGGAUGCUGCCUUGUGAACACGGCCUUCAGUUGUUGCAGAGAUAUCUCACACAAGAAGAAGCAGAAAAGAUUUUAUCAGGAGGAUCAGGCAAAACAGGCCAAAUAUCGAACUGCGGUGGAUGGUUUGCAGAAGCCAAACAAGGGCAACACACCACAAGAGCCAUGUGGGAGGGGAGUGAUUGCGAUUUGCUAUUCGCAUGCAUCAAGCCCAAGCACUUUCUUUGUUGACAUACACUGAACUUUUCCCAGCCUUAAACCAGAACUUAUCCUCAGGGGGAGCCCCUGCUAUGAACCCAAGCUUCAUUGGCUUCUCCAGGAAGUCCAACCUCAGUGCCAGGCACUGUGUGGGCAUCCCAUAAGUCUGGGCUCUGCCCACACAGAACUCACAGACUGCCCCUGAAAGAAGAAAAUGAAAGACACUCCUCCGUGUGGUGGCUUUCCUGUCUAGUGUCAAGUUAAUCCUUUGCAAAGUCCCCAUCAAGUUUGUACUCACCAAAACCAUCUCAGCUCUUCCACCAGUUCGUUUCGACUCACCACUUCAUUAUUAUUUACUUUCCCAUCAAGCAGCAGCACGAGUUCCUUUGUGCUUACCACGUGGUGGAGGACCAUGGGAUGCCGUCAGAGCUCGGAGGAGAAGGAAGCAGCGCGGCACUCGAGGCGAAUUGACCGCCACCUGCGCUCAGAGAGUCAGCGGCAGCGGCGGGAGAUCAAGUUGUUGUUGCUGGGCACCAGCAACUCUGGCAAGAGCACCAUUGUCAAGCAGAUGAAGAUCAUCCACAGUGGGGGUUUCAACCUGGAAGCCUGCAAAGAGUACAAGCCUCUUAUCCUGUACAAUGCCAUCGACUCCCUCACCCGCAUCAUUCGUGCCCUCACCACCCUUAAGAUUGACUUUCACAACCCUGAUCGCGCCUACGAUGCCGUGCAGCUGUUUGCCCUCACAGGGCCAGCAGAGAGCAAAGGGGAGAUCACCACAGAGCUGCUGGGGGUUAUGAAACGUCUGUGGGCAGACUCUGGCGUCCAGGAGUGUUUUCAACGAUCCAAUGAGUAUCACUUAGAGGACAACACUGCCUACUACCUGAAUGACCUGGAGCGCAUCUCCGCACUUGAGUACAUCCCCACUGUUGAGGACAUCCUACGCUCCCGUGACAUGACCACAGGCAUUGUGGAGAACAAGUUCACCUUCAAGGAGCUCACCUUCAAGAUGGUGGAUGUGGGUGGACAGCGCUCAGAGAGAAAGAAGUGGAUUCAUUGUUUUGAGGGCGUAACUGCAAUUAUUUUCUGUGUUGAGCUAAGUGGGUAUGAUCUCAAACUCUACGAGGACAACCAAACGAGCCGUAUGGCGGAGAGUCUGCGUCUGUUCGACUCCAUCUGCAACAACAACUGGUUCACCAACACUUCACUCAUCCUCUUCCUCAACAAGAAGGACUUGCUGGCUGAGAAGAUAAAACGCAUUCCUCUGACAGUGUGUUUCCCUGAUUACAAAGGCCAAAACACCUAUGAGGAGGCAGCUGUCUAUGUGCAACGGCAGUUUGAGGACCUCAACCGCAACAAGGAGACCAAGGAGAUCUAUUCGCACUUCACCUGUGCCACUGACACCAGCAACAUCCAGUUUGUGUUCGAUGCUGUCACGGACGUGAUCAUCCAGAACAAUCUCAAGUACAUUGGCCUUUGCUAGGACCUGAUGCUGGGGGUG